GGAUCCCAUGGCUUUGCCUCAAGAAUGGCCAGAGUACAAAGAAUGGCAGCCUUACUCGUCACAGGAGCGAUGCGCUCAACUCCGACUGAUCUAAUUGACAUUCAUGCUAACAUUAAACCCUUUCAACAGACUCUCCGCCAAAUAUGCCACAGGGCGAUACUCAGGCUAGUAACUCUGCAUGAGGACCACCCACUCAACAAGAGCAUCAGAACCACAUACAACUUCUACGCAAGGCGCGAAUUCAAGAAAGAGAAACGCCACCCAUCCCCCAUUCACAAACUCAUCAGCGAGUUCAAGCUAAACCCAUUGACGAUAGAAACCAUCCAACCCGUACGGCACUACACGAAAUGGAUCCCAGACAUAGAAGUCCAUAUCGCAGAAUCAAAGACAGCAGCUUACCUUGAAGACACACUGGCCGUGGAAGAGUUGCGGGUAUACUCAGAUGGCUCGGCCAUAGAGGGAGGGGUAGGAGCAGCAGCGGUGCUAAUGGAGGGAGAGCAGAAGAUAGUGGGCAUGCUGCUCGCAGUGCAGCUAUUGGAAGAAGAGAUGAGAGGAAGGAGAGACGUCCCAACCAUGGCACUGGGAGUGGACAACCAGGCGGCGGUACACGCAACGAUGGCAUUCCAAUCUAAACCGGGACAUUACCUCAUGGACAUGUUCCAUGAUGAACUGCGUGAGCUACUCACAGACAACGAGAACAGG